CUUACCACAAUCUUCCCCGUCGUUUUUGCUGCGGUUCGAAGAAACAACAAAAACAUCGUACCUCGUCUGCUACGGAAAAGUGUAAUCCGCCCGUUUGCCGUGAUGUCGACGGACAACAACAAGUCGCCGUUGCUGGAGCGUGCCCGUAACAUAGUGCCUCACCUCGAAACGGACCGCCACAAGGGCCAGGCCGGCCGGAUCGGCAUCGUGGGCGGUUCGCUCGAGUACACCGGAGCACCGUACUUUGCCGCAAUCAGUGCGCUGAAAGUGGGCGCGGAUUUGGUGCAUGUGUUCUGCCCGGAGGCGGCCGCGCAGGUGAUCAAAUCGUACAGUCCGGAGCUGAUAGUACAUCCUCUGCUCGAUUCCAAUAACGCCAUCAUUCAGAUCGAACCGUGGCUCGAGCGGCUGCACGUCCUGGUGAUUGGACCGGGUCUUGGGCGGAACCGUCAGGUUCUGCAGACGGUGGCAGAGUUGAUUAAAAUCUGCCGGCAGCUACAGAAGCCGCUCAUUAUCGACGCGGAUGGGUUGUUUCUGAUAACGCAAGACAUCAGCCUGGUGAAGGAUUACUACGGCGUUAUUCUCACACCGAACGCGAUCGAGUUUUGCCGGCUGUUCGGCAAGGAUCGGGACCAGAUCAUGAUAUCACUAGGAAAGCUUGGCGAUGGCGUGACUGUGAUUGAGAAAGGACUUAACGAUCGGAUCUACGAUUCGCUCACGCUGGAGAAGUAUGAGUGCCCGCAGGGAGGCUCCGGUCGGCGCUGCGGUGGCCAGGGUGAUCUACUGGCCGGAUCGUUGGCCACGUUCUACUAUUGGGCGCUCGAGUCGAAACAGGAGAUCAGCCCGACGAUGGUAGCCUGCUUUGCUGCCAGCACGCUCACGAAGACGUGCAACAAGUACGCGUUCAAGCUGAAGGGCCGCAGCAUGACGUGUAGCGACAUGAUUGACCAGAUACAUCCCGUAUUUGACGAUCUGUUCGAGCAUAAGAAGGAUUAGGGCUGACCGUGCCAGAGUAGCCAUCGAUCGCAGCCGAGGAUGGCGCUCGCCUUCCGUUACCUCACAUCGGCACAUUCUAUUUUGCAUCUCGUCGUCAUUAUCGUCAGUGUCUUGAUAGUCAGUGUACCUCUUCAGUACUUCCGUACUCGCUCUUGGUCGGCCUGACGUCUUCCAAACGUUCGAACGGACCACAUUCCGUGUGCCUCGGGAAGGAACCACAAUCGCAAUGCAACGAACCUAGACGACGGGGCAGAACGAACGAACUGGCAGGUCUAUGCCUAGCAACGAAACCAUGGCCAUCGCUAGCAUCUACGGAUCCUUCGAUGUCCUGCUGUAAAAGCUACUCGGUAGUGGGUAUAACAAGGAUAGUGGAAUUUUAUCGUGAUUAUGGUCAGGGACCUGUACCGUACAGGUUAGGAAAGGUGAGGGACUAAGGGGAAAUAUUUUUAUUGAAAGUAAGUGUGUUGUACUCAAUCUAAUACUUCGUAAAAUCAUUCGUUUGCCACCUCACAUUCUGGGGGGAAUAGAACAAGUGGUCGGCUGCCAGCCAGCAUGAAAUUAACAUUCUAGCACGUCAUUUUUCGUUUUGACACAAAACUCUGUACAAAAGGCAUUGUUGAAAGGAUCGUCAGCAGCACUGAUAGAAACGGAAAGUUAUAUUUAUUUCGAGGAAAGCAUGUAAUGUAAUGCCAAAGAUACAUAUUGUAAUUCCACAUGUGUUAUUUAUUGUCUCUGCUCCGAUGCACAGUUCUUUCUCGACAGUGCAUAAUGGCCACUUUUGAGUAAAUAUUUGGAUAAAAUUAUUUUUCAAUUGUUUCAUAUUGCGAGAUAAUUGUUUUGUGUGAAAGUUAUACUCAAAAGAGUAAUUACAGUCAAUCCCCAUAUUCUAUUUUAAAAUAUUUAGAAAAGUAUAACUUUUACAUCAAAACCCUUAUUUUUCUUUUAAAGACAAAUAAAAUAACUUUUCUAAACAGA